ACAGAAUCCCGUAUCUACACUUCAUCUAUACCCAUAGUCUUGUUCGCAAUGUCUACACCAUCUGGUAGGCGAACACGGAGUUCGCAGUCGGCGACGCCCUCGCGCAAUGCGGCGCGCAACACCCAGGCCGGAUUGUCGAACGCUCCAGAGGACCAGGAGCCGGCAUCGUCAGUCCGAGGAACCCCCCGUGGUCCCAGGCAGUCGCAGUUGGCCUCGAGUCCUAUGUUUUAUCAGUCCUCGCCGGCCAACGGGAGCAGAACCCAAGAACCCUCUUCUCCUUUGCGUCAGAUGACGCACAGCCAGUCAACAGCGCGGCGUUCAAACGUCACCCCCAGCUCACCAUUGCGCCAGCAGUCCGACAGCCAAGAAGACCCUGAACGGACGCCAAGGGCCAGUGGUAGUGGACUCAUCGGAGAGUCUUCUCCUAUCCGAUACGAGAGUUCCAGCCCCGGACGUGCUUUCAAUCCCCUUUCAGACAAUCUUCGUAGUGAAAGCAGUGGCAUCUUUGUUGGCUCGCGCUCAGGCUCUGCCCGCAACCGCCGCGGUGAUAUUAAUCCUGAUGCCCUUCUGAGAUCCUCCCAUCCAAGGCGUGUGGUACUAGACCCGUCUGGUAAUGUCGUUACAGAGGUCGGCUCAGAUGCGCCAUCGUUCCGAACGGUCAACCCGGAUACUUCAGAAGCGAAUGCGCUGGGCGGAGACAGCGGCGGCUUGAUCUGGGGUACCACGGUUUCCAUCGACGAUACGUUUGCCUCCUUCAAGGACUUUGCGCGAAACUUUACCAAGAAGUACCGCCUCUGGUCGGAUGGAAUGACAGAGGCCGAGACUGCUCAACGAGAUGACGCAGAGUCCCGACCCUACAUGGAGGCCAUGGAGACUAUGCUUUUGCUGGGGACUUCGAGGCUUUAUGUCGAUCUCCGCGACCUCAAAGCCUACCCGCGCACGAUCAAACUGUGGCACCAGAUCCAGGCUUAUCCCCAAGAGCUUGUUCCCAUCAUGGACCAGGCUUUGACAAACAUGAUGGAGGAUCUUGCUCAGGCAGAGAUGGCGAGGCAGCGUUCUCAGAGCAGUGCUGGCAUCAGAGCCACCCCGGUGGCAGCUACCCCAAGCUCGGAGCCGCAAUAUGCCAGCUCAGAAUUCGGUGGACCAGCAACGCCUCGGCCGGCUGCAGAGCCUGAGAAUGACUUGGAGGAGCAAGUGGCCCAGACCACCUACGCAAUCCGCCCCUUCGGACUGGAGAAGACGACAAAUCUACGAGAUCUGAAUCCCUCCGACAUGGACAAGCUGAUUGCCGUCAAAGGUCUCGUGAUUCGGACGACACCCGUCAUCCCAGACAUGAGGGAUGCACAUUUCAAAUGCAGCGUCUGCAACCACUCAGUCACUGUCACGAUCGACCGUGGUAGGAUUAAGGAGCCGACCGAGUGCCCGCGGCAAAUGUGUUCUGCCAAGAACUCGAUGCAGAUUGUUCACAAUCGUUGUGCGUUUGCCGACAAGCAGGUCAUCAAGCUGCAAGAGACCCCCGACGAAGUGCCUGCCGGUCAGACUCCGCAUUCGGUCUCGGUGUGCGCAUACAACGAGCUCGUGGACUUUUGCAAGGCUGGUGACAGGGUGCAACUCACUGGAAUUUUCCGUGUCAUGCCCGUGCGUGUGAACCCUCGUCAGAGGUCCGUCAAGAGCGUCCACAAGACGUAUGUCGACGUUCUGCACAUCCAAAAGGUCGACAACAAGCGAAUGGGGGUCGAUCCCUCGACCUUGGACCUGGCUGCCGAGGAUGAGGAGGUAGAGGCUGGAGAGGGGGAUGCCAACAUGCAGGAGACCCGCAAGAUUACCCCCGAGGAGGAAGAGAAGAUCAGAGCUACCGCACAACGGGACGACAUCUACGAGCUGUUGGCAAGAUCCCUAGCCCCGUCAAUCUACGAAAUGGAUGACGUGAAGAAAGGAAUCUUGCUGCAACUAUUCGGAGGCACAAACAAAAGCUUCCAAAAGGGAGGCAGUCCAAAGUAUCGAGGCGACAUCAACGUACUGCUUUGCGGUGACCCUUCGACGUCGAAAUCUCAGAUCCUCCAGUAUGUGCACAAGAUUGCUCCCAGGGGCAUCUAUACCAGCGGCAAGGGCUCGUCCGCGGUGGGUUUGACGGCGUACGUGACUCGCGACCCGGAAACACGGCAACUGGUGCUCGAGUCCGGAGCCUUGGUUCUUUCGGACGGUGGUGUUUGCUGCAUCGACGAGUUUGACAAAAUGUCGGACGCCACGCGCUCAGUCCUCCACGAAGUAAUGGAGCAGCAGACAGUUUCGGUGGCCAAGGCAGGCAUCAUCACAACUCUGAAUGCCCGCACUAGCAUCCUGGCCUCGGCAAAUCCUAUUGGCAGUCGAUACAACCCCGAUCUUCCAGUGCCGCAGAACAUCGACCUCCCCCCUACUCUUCUUUCCCGUUUCGAUCUCGUAUACCUCAUUCUCGACCGGGUUGACGAGAAGAAUGAUCGUCGUCUAGCCAAGCAUCUUCUGUCGAUGUACCUGGAGGACAAGCCAGAGUCUGCAAGUUCUAGCAACGAGAUUUUACCUGUCGAGUUUCUCACAUCAUACAUCUCGUACGCCCGCGCCAACAUCCACCCCACCAUCAGCCAAGAGGCAGCUCGCGAGCUGGUAGACGCAUACGUGGAGAUGCGCAAGUUGGGCGAGGACGUACGCUCUGCCGAAAAGCGCAUCACGGCAACUACGCGACAGCUGGAGUCCAUGAUCCGUCUCUCCGAGGCGCACGCCAAGAUGCGGCUUGCGUCAGAGGUGAGCGCUUCGGACGUUCGUGAGGCCAACCGACUCAUCAAGUCGGCACUCAAGACGGCGGCCACUGAUGCACAGGGUCGCAUCGACAUGUCGCUGCUGACCGAGGGCACGAGUGCGGCCGAGAGGCGGCGUCGCGAGGACCUCAAGGCCGCUGUUCUUGGGCUGUUGGACGAGAUGACGGCCGGCGGGCACCAGGUGCGGUACAGCGAGGUGGCCAGGAGGCUGAGCGAGGGUGCCAGCGUCCCCGUCGAGGCCAGCGACUUUGCCGAGUGUAUAAGGGCACUGGAGAUGGACGGCGCCAUCACGAUAUCUGGAGAGGGACCUCGGAAGCAAAUCAGGAGGAUCACAGCCCAGGUUUGA